CGGUGGCGCAGAGCCGGUGGACGCGGCGGUAGCGACAGCGACGGGCGUUGCGAGCACUCCGAGUUGGCUGCUUGUCUGUGAGACGCGCUCCUUCGGCCGUGCUCCGGCGCUGGCUGAUUGUUGGGCGGCCGGCGCCAUGUCUGUGAGCGAGAUCUUCGUGGAGCUGCAGGGCUUUCUGGCUGCCGAGCAGGACAUCCGAGAGGAAAUCCGAAAAGUUGUACAGAGUUUAGAACAAACUGCUCGAGAGAUUUUGACCCUGCUUCAAGGGGUCCAUCAGGGCACUGGGUUUCAGGACAUUCCAAAGCGGUGCUUGAAAGCUCGAGAACAUUUUGGUACGGUGAAGACACACCUCACAUCUCUGAAGACCAAGUUCCCUGCGGAACAGUAUUACAGGUUUCAUGAGCACUGGCGGUUUGUGCUCCAGCGCCUUGUCUUCCUGGCGGCCUUCGUAGUGUAUUUGGAAACAGAGACCCUGGUGACUCGAGAGGCGGUUACAGAGAUUCUUGGCAUUGAACCAGAUCGGGAAAAAGGAUUUCAUCUGGAUGUGGAAGAUUAUCUCUCAGGAGUUUUAAUUCUUGCUAGUGAGCUGUCGAGGCUGUCUGUCAACAGUGUGACUGCCGGAGACUACGCUCGGCCCCUUCACAUCUCUACUUUCAUCAAUGAGCUGGAUUCAGGGUUCCGCCUCCUCAAUCUGAAGAACGACUCCCUGAGGAAGCGCUACGACGGCUUGAAGUACGAUGUGAAGAAAGUAGAGGAGGUGGUCUAUGAUCUUUCCAUCCGAGGCUUCAAUAAGGAGACAGCAGCGGCUUGUGGUGAAAAAUAGGAGCCUCUCCCUGCGGUUGGCCUUGACGACUAGGCAUUUGCCAGGGAGGCCUAGCACAGUGCCUCUCCUUUAGUUAGCACACCAGUUGCUAAACACUGCGCUUUAUUUUCGUAACCAGCUGUGUGGUGUGAGUAUCAGAAUUGAGAUACUUUUUGGAUCUAAAAAAAACCCUUUCCACUGAUAGGAUUUUCUUUGUUGAAGUUUCAGUGAACUUGCUGUGUAAUUUGUUGUAUUAUCAUUUUGUCAAAAAUGUAAGUGUUGGUCUCUUGGUAAAAGUCCUUUUCUUGCUUACCUGACUGUUGAUGUACCGAUUGACAAGUUUGCUGUCUUGUUCGUGAUUCUUCCAGAAGUGACCCAUGAUGUUUUCUAGGUCCAAGUUAGUCCUCCAUUUCUAGUCCUAGCCUGAAUACAGUGUGAGAAUGGUUGACAAGCGAGGGAACUUUAUUUUCCUCUUCUUAUUUUAAGCCUUGUAAAUUAGUUUUUUUUAUUGGUCAAGGAAAUUGGAGGCCCUAAUUCUUUCACUGCCAUCAAAAUACAGCAGAUGAAACUGUACAGUCCAACUCAGCAAGGCCACUUUAGAAAGAUCUUCUGUUAAGUGAUGUCUUUGUUUGGUUAGAGCUCCUUGUUUUCUGAGGUCACCUUAUGUCCUGCCUGCCAUAGUGGUUAGAGUCGCCACACCUGUCUUGAGCUAACACCCAUGUGCUGUAUUUGUAAACCAUGAGACGUUUUCCCAGCAGCCAGCUAGCCUGGUCUGGGGGUAGAAAGCCAUCAUGCAUUCAUUCACUAGCUGUACCCUAGGAGUAUGUUCUUACAGAAAACAGUGCUGUUUGGUGUGGAAGAAAGUAAAACUUGGCUUGAAAAAAAUCCAUGUGAUUGGUAGUAUUUUUUUGGAAUAAGAAAUUUCAGGUUUUGAUGCUAUCAUUAGGUUUUUUUUUUAAAGAUUUUAUUUAUUAUGUAUACACCACUUCAUGUAUGCCUGCAGGCCAGAAGAGGCCACCAGAUCUUAUUACAGAUGGUUGUGAGCCACCAUGUGGUUGCUGGGAAUUGAACUCAGGACAUCCGGAAGAGCAGCUAGUGCUCUUAACCUCUGAGCCAUCUCUCCAGCCCCUAUCAUUAGGUUUUAAAUGUACGGUUCAGGGUAGUCAUGUAACCUUUGUGGGCUCCUCUAACCCUUCUCCUUUUCAGAUAGUAUAAGAGGAAUGCAUAUAUGGCCAUUCUUGGGGCAGGACUGAAGUUUUAAAGUCACGGCUGGUGAUGUCGCUCAGUGGUAGAGCAUUUGCCUGGCAGGUGUGAGGCACCGGGCCUAUCCCUGGAACUAAAAAAACAAAACAAAACAACCCUCCUCUCCCAUCCAACAAAAAUACACCAGGUUUUGUUUUUGUUUUUGUUUUUUCUUUGCAUCCUCUGAGAGGAAGCUGCUGGUGUCUCCAGUGUAAUAGGGAGUUUUUAGGAAUAUCACCCUUUCUUGCUUGAUGUUAGUUUGGGCUUCAUGCUUGUGCAAUGGGAUAGUCGACACUGGCUUUUGCCAGGCUGUGGCUAAAGACUGACUGGAAAGUGGGGCUUGAAGGUGCAGGCCUGUACUCCCAGGUACACAGGGGGCUAAGGCAGGAAGAUGGCAAAUUCAUGGCCUUAAGGCUUGCCUGACUAAUUGAGUGAGACCUUGUGAUAAAAAAUGACCAAAAAGGCCAAAGGAGUGUUUCAGUGACAGUGUUUUCCUAGCACAUUUGAAGCCCCUCUUCAGUGGGGUGGAGUGAUUUCCCAUUAGAGGGAAGAGGGGGAUGAGAAGUGGUUGCUGUGUAUUGUUGGACAUGUAGACCAGCUUUCUCCAUGGUUCUUUUUGCAGAGUUAGACUGAGUCAUUAGGCUAUUGUUUGUUAGUUUGUCUUUUGAGACAGGGUUUUGCUAAUAGUCCAGGCUGGCCUGGGGCUUGCACCUCUGUUUCCACUCCUGAGUACAGGUUUAGGCUCUUGAAAGUGUUUGGGAAGGUUGUUUCAAAUGCUCAGUGGUAGCACAGGCUGGACUGAAUAGAAGGCUUUUCAGCUGCGUUCAGGUAGUGACAGGAGGUUCCACAGGUUCUGACUUUGUUGGUUAAGUGUGAGUUCUGCUGGACACAUUAAAGCUCUUGCCAAACAUUUCAGAUUGUCCUAUUUAGAGACAGGGCGUGCUGUCCCACCUGUAGUGUUGUCUAGACGGGUCUCAACCUCCUGGACUUAAGCCCUCCUCCUGCCUCAGCCUGCCAAGCAGCUGGGAUUCUAGGCCAGUGCCACUGUACUUACUAACUCUUGAACUCAACAAAUGCAAUGAAAUUGCACUUAAAGUGAAAGAGUACCUUCUGGAGUUGCAAUUCCAUUUGAGAGUUUAGUUCUGGUGAUGUAAUUCCAUUUGAGAGUUUAGAAGUGUCAUGUUGAAAAUUAGUUGUGUUCCUUGCUGGCUUGUAAAGCAAUAAAACUGUUUUUGGUCUCUUUGUAA